GUAUAUUCAAGUAACAGCUGACCAUCAGAAGAAGUUCAUAUAUACCAUCAGACAUGAUCGUGGUGUCAAGCCAGGCCAUAUGGGCUUCAAUGCUAUCCAGCGGAAACAAGCAUUACUUUCACUGGAUCAGGAGAUCCAAGUGGAGGCAUAUGUCCAUGAUCCUCAAAAGCAGCUGAUUGGAACCCUGGUUUUGGAGGCUGACUUCCUUCAGAAGAAGAGCACCACCAAUGAACCUUACAACACAGACCAGAUGGCUGCUUCCUUCAUGGAGCAGUUCCCACGUCAUGGGUUUACUGUCGACCAACCACUGGUAUUCAAGUUCCAAGACAAGAAGACACUCUCCAUCAUUGUCAAGGAGAUUGAAGCUGCGGAUCCAGAGGCCGUGGCAUCUGGGAAGAAGAGGGAGCCAAAGAAGAUCCACUUUGGAGUCCUCCAGGCUAAUUCAAGCAUCAUUUUUGAAAAGAGUGAAGGAUCUUUCUUGAUCCUCACAGGAAAAGCAAAAGCGCGAACAACCCACACAAGCCUGUUCUCAGCUGACUGGGACUUCCAGAAGAUGGGCAUAGGUGGUUUGGAUGAACAGUUUGUCCAGAUUUUGAGGAGAGCAUUUGCAUCAAGGGUUUUCCCACCAGAAGUUGUUGAACAGUUGGGUGUCAAGCACGUAAAGGGCAUCUUGCUUUAUGGACCACCAGGUACUGGAAAAACUUUGAUGGCACGUCAAAUCGGAAAAAUGUUGAAUGCACGUGAACCAAAGAUUGUUAAUGGCCCUGAAAUUCUGGACAAGUAUGUAGGAGAAUCAGAGGCUAAUGUACGACGUCUCUUUGCUGAGGCAGAGGAAGAGGAGAAGCGAAUGGGCCCCAAUUCUGGUCUUCACAUCAUUAUCUUUGAUGAGAUUGAUGCUAUUUGUAAGCAGAGAGGAUCAGUUGCAGGCAAUACUGGUGUAAACGAUACUGUGGUUAACCAGCUUUUGUCCAAGAUUGAUGGUGUUGAACAGCUGAACAACAUUUUGGUUAUUGGAAUGACCAACAGAAAGGACAUGAUUGAUGAGGCCCUGUUGAGACCUGGCAGAUUGGAGAUCCAGGUAGAAAUCAGUCUGCCUGAUGAGCAAGGCCGCUGUGACAUCCUUAAGAUCAAAACUGCUAAGAUGCGAGAGCACAACAAAUUGGAUCGCGAUGUAGACCUCGCAGAGGUUGCUUCUCUCACCAAGAACUUCUCUGGAGCAGAACUGGAGGGUUUGGUGAAAGCAGCCUCAUCAUCAGCUCUGAAGAGAUAUAUUCACCUGGGGAACAAGAUUGAAGUGGAUCCAAAUGCCAUUGACAAGCUGAAGAUCACAAGAAGUGACUUCAUUUACUCUCUAGAGAAUGACGUGAAGCCAUCAUUAGGGACCAGUGAUGAUGCCCUGGCCAAGUAUAUUGAAAGAGGAAUCAUUAACUGGGGAGCUACAAGGGAACUAGUGGAAAAAGGUUUGAUGUUUGUAAAGCAAGCCAGAUCCCCAGAAACAAGCAAUCGCUUGUGUCUUCUUUUGGAGGGAGCACCAACUGCUGGAACAUCAGCACUGGCAGCUUACAUGGCCAAAAAUUCUGACUUCCCCUUCAUCAAGGUUAUUGACUCGCGUGAAAUGGUUGGUUUCAUGGAGUCUUCAAAAUGUCUUCGUAUCAGCAGGAUUUUUGAUGAUGCUUACCGCUCUGAGUUAAGCUGCAUAUUCUUGAAUGAUCUAGAACAUCUCAUGGGUUACUCACCCAUUGGCCCAAGAUACCAGAGUCUUGUACUUGAUGCCAUGUACUCCCUUCUCUCUGCUUCUCCACCGAAGGGCCGAAAAUUGCUUGUCAUCUGUACUUCAAAACGAAGAGCAGUCCUUGAAGAACUGGGUCUCCUGUCAGCAUUUACAGCUGUCAUCAGAGUCCCAUACAUUGCACAUCAGGAGGAUAUCAGACUAGUGCUUGAAGAAUCAGGUGCUUUGUCUUCUGAAGAAAUUGAAGCAGUCAUGGCCCACAUCAGCAAUGGCCGGGUCUUUGUUGGGGUGAAGAAGUUACUUGGUCUCCUGGACACUAUGCGUGUUAUGAAAGGAGUGGAUUCACGCAAGAGAGUUGUCGCAUUUGUUGAUUUGCUGGAGGAUGAAGGUGUUUUCACCCCAGAGCUUUGAAAACAUAAACAUUGGAAGAACUGGGUAGGUCAGAGACAGAUUAUGAGGAUAAAACGAAAAUUACUAAAAAUAAGGAAAAUUAUUUGAUAGAUUAGUAAGUGUUGAAAGAUAGAGGAUUAGAUUUAGAUAUCUGAUUGGUAAAAUGAAGUGAAAAGGGAAAAGAUCCUGCUGAUUUAAAAGUAUUUGGUUUGUGCAGUGAUAUCCAUCUAUUUUGUUAUUUAAUUUUUCAUAGAUAUAGAAUAUAUUGUCUCAGUGUUUAUAAUGUCUUUUACAAAUAAAGAUUGUGACUGAGAUGAUAAUCUAAACUGCUUUACCAUUGAUAUAUAUAUGUCAUGUAUUUUUCUCAGUUAUUUUGUGUAUUUUAGAUAUUAAAAUUGAUGCCAAUCUUUGUCCAGAGAAAAGCCUUGUAGAAUCUGUUUAUACUUAUUAAUUCACCUUUUUCUACAGAUCAGAUGACCAUUUUGAAAUUUCUGUUUAUACCAAAGAAUCAUUUCAUUCUACCAUAUUUUCUCUUAAUAAGCUUGUUUUCUUUGUCAGGUGAUUUUAUUUAUUGAUAUAAAAUAUUAAAAGAUAUA